UCCGGCGAAGCACUUUCUCGUCUGGGGUUUUAGCCUCCAGCUUCGAAGAAGAGAGGAGGGGAGAUAGAAGGGAGUGCGAGAUGGUGCAGCGAUUGACGUAUCGAAAGAGGCACAGCUAUGCCACCAAAUCGAAUCAGACCAGGGUAGUCAAAACCCCAGGUGGCAAGCUUGUGUAUCAGUACACUAAGAAGAGGGCGAGUGGCCCGAAAUGCCCUGUGACUGGCAAGAGAAUCCAAGGGAUUCCUCGCCUAAGACCUGCUGAGUACAAGAGGUCUAGAUUGUCUAGAAACCGGAGGACUGUGAACCGUGCUUACGGUGGGGUUUUAUCAGGAAGUGCUGUAAGGGAAAGGAUCAUUCGGGCUUUUUUGGUUGAAGAGCAGAAGAUUGUUAAGAAGGUUUUGAAAAUCCAAAAGGCCAAAGAAAAGCAAGCCUCUAGGAGCUGAAAGAGGCGAGCAGCAAAAUGCUUGAAUUUUGAGUACAUAGAAAAUUUUUACUAGCACGGUGAUGAUUGCGAGGACUUUGGCAUGGCGUUUGGUUGGGAUAAUUGUUCAAUUUACAGGGCUAUGGAUUCAGGGGUAUUGAUCCGUUCUUAGACUUGUUUUGACUUUUUGUUGGUUUGGACUAGCACUCGAACAUUUGUUGAAUCGUUGGGUUUUUAGAAUCUGUAAUUUUGCUUUAUCAUCGGGUUUCUCUCUCAUUUGUGUGCUAAUGAAGAACUGCCCCUAAAUACCUCAGCGGCCUAAUUUCACCUUUUCGCUGGUAUGUUGGACUCACUGGAUUUGUAAUUUGUGUCCAACCUUAUUAUUCCGUCACUUGGCACUUGGUUUGCCAAUUUUUAAUUAUAUUACCCAAUGAAUAGGUUGAUAUGCUUUCUAUUUUA